GAAGCCACUCCAUGUAUUCAAUAGCAGUGAGUGUAGGAGCAGCUGCAUUGCUGUUUGCUCUCUUGGUCAUAGUCUACCGUCUUGUAAAGCCACAAAAUCUACAAAGUAAUGAAGAUGGCAAAAGAAGCAUUCAGUCUAAAGCCAAACCUUUGCACUGCCUCUCUCUGCUUUUCCCUCGUUCCCUUGCUCCCUCGCUCCCUGGACCUCCCGCUCUUCCCUUCCUGGGAAACAUGUUCGAGCUUAGCCAAGAUCAUUUGCCCAUAUACCUGACUGGACUGGCUCGCAGAUAUGGGAAUAUCUACCGUCUUCGCUGUGGAAGCACCACAAUGGUGAUUCUGAACAGUAGUGAGCUUAUUCGUGAGGCUCUGGUCAAAAAGUGGUCUGAUUUUGCAGGAAGACCGCAUUCAUACACGGCUGAUAAAGUGUCAGGUGGGGGCUACUCCAUCUCUCUGGGUGAUUACAGCGAGGAGUGGAAGUCCCAGAGGCGCCUGGCCCAUAGUGCUUUGCAGCACUGUGUUGCUGAGUCUCUUCACUGUCUGAUAGAAGAGCAAGUGCUAUACCUCAAACAGGUGUUACUGGACUAUAACAAGAAGCCCGUGGACCUGUCUGAAGACUUCACUGUAGCAACCAGUAACAUCAUUACAAUGCUAGCCUUUGGAAAAUCAUAUGAGAAGAGCUCAGUACAUUUUCAGGAGCUACAUGGCUGUCUGAAUAGGAUCGUGUCUCUAUGGGGUUCACCGUGGAUCUCAGCUCUGGACUCUUUCCCUCUGCUCAGAAAGUUCCCAAAUGCUUCCUUUACUCGUUUAAUGGAAGAGGUAUCUAGAAGAGAUGAGCUCAUUGGCGGCCACUUAUAUGAGUUAAAGCAAAAGAGAGAUAGCAAAGAAGGCCAAGAUUUUGCAGCACCCCUCCUACAGUACCUUCAAUCACUAGAAGGAAGAGUACCCAAGAUGACUCUGACAGAUAGCCAUAUACACAUGACAACAGUGGACCUGAUCAUAGGGGGAACAGAGACGACUGCCGCGUGGCUCAGCUGGACCAUUGCCUUCCUCUUACAUAGGCCAGAGGUUCAGACUAGAGUGUAUGAGGAGCUAAACAGCGUGCUGAAGGGUCAGUAUCCUCGCUACAGUGACAGACACAGGCUGCCUUAUCUGUGUGCAGUGAUUAAUGAGGUGCUUAGAUUGAGGCCUGUGGCUCCACUCGCUGUACCACACAAAGCCAUCAGAGACAGCAGCAUUGCAGGAUAUUUCAUCCCUAAAAACACCAUUGUUAUCCCCAAUUUAUUUGGAGCUCAUCAUGAUCCAGAGGUUUGGCCUGACCCACACAGCUUUAGACCAGAGCGCUUUUUGGAGGGAGAUGGGAGCUGUCUCCGGGCUCUAAUACCUUUCGGAGGGGGUGCUCGGCUAUGCCUCGGGGAGUCUGUAGCUAAAAUGGAGAUGUUCCUCUUCACUGGAUAUCUGCUACGGGACUUUCAGUUUCUUCCUGCCAGCUCUGAGGAGCCUCUGCCUGACCUGCGUGGUGUAGCCAGCGUGGUUCUAAAAGCCAAGCCCUACAGCGUUAUCGCCUGUCCUAGAGCCUAAUAAAUCACUGUAGUGAAUCUAACUUGUUCUAGGAUUUGUGUAGCUCAAACAGGCUUAUAUUGUAGGACAUUGUUUAUGGGCUAUAUCACUGCGUGAAGUCUCAAAAUAGAUCUAUUGCUUCCUUUUUUUUUUCAAAGGAAGUGUAUGAGAAAUAGAUGUUUCUGCUGAAACCGUCGUUGUUAGUGUUGAUGAAACUGGUUUGAAUUUAGCUUUGUAUUUUCUCUUUUAAAUGUAAAAUAAAAAGAGCUGUGCAAAAUGGCAGCUUCUACAUUCUUCUAAAUCACAUAAAAUGGAUGACACGUUACUCAGAAAUAUGUAUAGAAUGACAGUGGCAUAUUCAAAUUUCUAAUAAAGUAACGUUUUAUGCUGUAAUUGUAAUUGAAACAUGCUGCUGAAAUUUACCAUUAAAAAAAGCUUAAAAUGG